AUGUAAAAUAAUUGUAAAUUAUUGUGGAUUGAUAAACAAAUCAAUAAUUAAGAAAACUCUUUUUUCCAAAAAAGACUUAAGAAUAAAAUUCAAGAUUGUUCUUUUUUGGACUCGACUCCGGAAGCCUUGAAAAUUUUGAAAAAUUAAAAGUAAGAUGAUAAAUUCAUUAUAAUUAUAUCUGGUUAAUUUAUCUAUGAAGAGAAGGAGCACUUAAACGAUAACUUAAUUGUCUUUUGUGGAUAAUCUAAAAGACAUUUAUAAUAGUUUUUAAGUAAAAACGAUUUAUUAGUUCUUGUUGAUUCUGGAAUUGAAGAAGUGGAGGAAAUAGUGAGUUUAAAUGAAGAAUUCUUAAAUGCUAAAGAAUAUUUACACUAAUCAUUUGGUUAAAAGGCUCUAAAAUAGAUUCAAUACUAUCAUUAAUUUGAGGCUACAAGUUUCAGAUUUCUGUUGAUUAAUAAAAAAUUAGAAAAAAACUAAUAGCCUAAUGAGGAAUUAAUGAAUAAGGAAAUUUAAUAAUUUAUAUCAUAAGAUAUCUUCAAAAUCUGUCAGGUUGACAUGUAAAAAAAAGAAGAGGAGAAAAAAAAGGAAAAUCAAGGAAAAUUUAGUAUUUUAGAGAAAUUUAUAUACUAUUAUUCAAGAAAUGAAAUUUAUCAAGAGUUAAAUAAGAAUUUUGCAGAGUCUAAUUUUGAAAAAUUAGAAUAAAUUAUGUGUGUAUUGUUUUAAGGCUAUUCCUAAUUACAGUUAAAGCAAUUGCCUGAAAAUAAACUAUAUAGAGGAAUAAGCUUUUAGGAAUUAGAAAUUUAUAACAAUAUUAUGCAAGACCUACAGUAAAGCUAUAAGAAGAAAUAAAGUAUUUUUUGGAAUACUUUAGCUAGUACUUCUACCAAAGAGGAGGUAGCAAAAAGAUUUUGUACAAAACCUUACAAAAUAUUAUUUGAAAUAACAUUAAAUUAAUAAAAUCCUCAUCCCUACUUUUAACUUAAAGAUUAUAACUCUGAAUUUCCAAAUGAGGGUGAAGUAAUCUUGUUUCCUUAAUUUGAAUUUAAAGUUGUAGAUAUUUACAGCAAAAACGGCUAUUAGUAUGUUAAAAUCGAGCAAGCUGAUAAUAAUUUUUCAAUGUCUUUAGAUAGCUCUAAAAGAUAAAAGUAUUGGACCAAUAAAAUUGAGAUGGAUCUUAAACCAAAACUUAAAACGAUUUGUUCUUUUUAUUAAAAAAGAGUUGACUUUAUCAUUAAAAAUAUCAUGUAAUUUCCAUAAGAGGUUGGGGACCUAAGAGUUUAAUUGAAACUUAAUUUAAAUUAGUAUUUUGAUAGGUUUUUGUCUUUGCUUAGGAUGUUUUAUAAUGAUUAUGAUAAUUAUAAAAUGAACCUCAAUUAAUUAUUAGAUGCUUGUAAUGAAGAAAUAAACUUUGCCUUUAUCUUAGAAAACAGUUUUUUAAAAAGGUUGAGUAAGUUUAUCACAGAUGUUUCAGAUCUUCUUAUUGAUUAAUUUCUAAAAAUAAUACAAAAAAUAUUUAAUAUUGAGGAUUAUAAAAUUUAGUUGAAAAAUAUAUGGAUUGAUUACUAUUCUAAAUACACUUAUUCAACGUUUAAUUAUUAAUUCAAAGACAUUAAAAUCAAUUCAUUAACUCAAAAAACUCAAAAUUAUCCUAAGUGGGAAAUACAUAAAUAAGACAUUAAAUAGAUAUAAAUUCUAAAAUAUGCUUAAACUGAUACAAUGGCGUAUGAAUUGACAUUGCAUGACAAUAAUAAAUUUUUGUUGUUUAUUUCUGAAAAGAUCCCAACCUUAGUAAAAAAAUGUGUUGGGGCAGCUUCAACAGGCUAUACAGAUUAAUGGAAACCUUAAGGACCUGCUCUAGAAAUACAAAAUUUGAAAGUUGCUGAUAUUUAAAAAUCAAUUAAGGGUAACCUUGGAAAUAGCAACUACAACCUUGACAAAUUUAAGAACUUUUAACCAAAAUACACUUAAAAACAAAUAAUAGGUGCUGAAGCAGCUGGUUAACUUAUUGGAGCUACAAUAGUUGAUGCUUUUUACGGUUAAGUUAGCUUAUAAUAACUGGGUUUAAGUGGUACUUUUUUGUGUAUUUCUUCUGUAUUUCCAUAAAGUCGUUUACCUUUAGCAGGAGUUGGACUAAUUUGUUAAGUAACGAAAACUAUAUUUGAUGAAAGAGCUUCUAAUAUAGAAAAAGCAAUCAGUUUAGGAAAAUAAGUUGUAUAAACAGGACUAGGCAUAGCAUGUCUGACUGGUGCUUCAAGUAUUGGAGGUAUGAUUGGAGCUCCAUUUGGUCCACCUGGAGUGAUAGGUGGAGCAAUAAUUGGAGGGAUCAUAGGAGGUGUGGCAAGUUAAUUAACAUCUGUUGGCAUGGAUAAUUGUUUAAAAUUUAAAAUGGCAGUUUCCUUUAAUCCUAAAAAUAAAAGUAUCGAAAGAAAUGGUAUAUUAAUAUCACCUGGAGUGAAUCCACAAGUAGAGUUUUCAAAUGUGCCUGAUAAAGUUUAAAAUAUAGUUAUUAUUUGUAAUGCAAAUUAAAGGAUGGCUUGGCGGGCAGUAGUAAAUUCAUCAAUUAAGACUAUUAAGGAGAACUAAUUAGUUUAAGGAAGCCUUUACAUAGGACCAUUUCCUCAUGAAUCUGACAUAGCUUUUCAUGCUUUUGGGCUGGAAUCAAAUGAUAUCAAUAUAGAUACAAUUGUAGACGAAAUUAGUAAGGAAAAAAUCAACAUUAUUUGUUAUGAUAUGAAGAAGAUAUGA